AUGGCGCUGCUGCUGCUACUGCUGGGUCCCUCGCUGGCGCUACGCCCUGCGCCGGAUCCCGAGGCGUCACGGGAGAAGCUGUGUGGCGCCCACUUCGUGCGCGCGCUGGUGCGAGUGUGCGGUGGCCCGCGCUGGUCCCUCGAGGCCGGGAAGCCCGCGACCCGCGUUGACCGUGAGAUGCUGAAGUGGCUGGAGGGACCACAUCUCCUCCAUGGGCUGGCGGCCAACAGGGACCUCAUGGUGGCACCUGGCCCACAGCCCUUGCUGCUGUCCUCUCGCCAUCACCACCAGCACCGGAGGGCCACUGCCAACAACCCUGCCCAGCGGUGCUGCAUCAGCGGCUGCACCCAGCAAAACCUGCUAGCCCUCUGCCCACACUGA